AUGGUCCAACAAACCCCGCUAGUGGAUGUUUCAAUGAAAACAGUAUGGAAAGAUGUGAGCCGUCAUAAUCCCCUAAGAUUUAAGGGUGACAUGAAUCCAGUUGAGGCUAAAGGUUGGAUUGAUAAACUGGAGACCAUUUUUAGAGCUGCCCCUUGCAUUACUCAGCAUAACGUGCAAGUAGCUAUUGUGCUGUUAGAGGGACAAGCUAAGUGCUGGUGGGAAAGUGUGAGCCCAGCUGAUGACUCACAACUUACUUGGAAUGAAUUCAAGAGGAUGUUCUUCAAUCACUAUUUUCCACCUGUCCUACAUCAAGACAAGGAAUCAGAGUUCUUCGCCUUGCAACAAAACAAUAUGCAUAAAGAUGACUUCAUUGCUAAGUUUAUAGACUUGUCCAAGUAUGUGACAUUGUUGCGGAGGGAUGAGGACUCAGGGUGGAUGGCUAGGCAAUUACGAGAAAGAGCUAGACCAGACUUGAAGCAACAACUUGCCCUGGUUCUAGUGACUGAUUUUGGAGAUAUGUGUACCAACCUUCGAGUUGCAACUAGGCGGACUCGUGAGGCUGAGGAAGCCCGUAGAAGGGAUUCUCAAGGGCGAUUUUCCUCAUAUCCUGGACCAACUGGAGGGGUUAGUAAGAGAAAUAAUACGAGCAUAGGAAGUGUAGGUCCAUAUGGAAAGAAUCGAAGUUUAAGCCACAAGAAGUCUGUACAGAAGGGCUCAGCCUAG